AUGGGUAUUAAUUGGCAAUUCAUUCCUCCGCACGUUCCACACAUGGGUGGGAUAUGGGAGGCAGCGAUAAAAUCUGUAAAGGGUCAUUUAAAGCGCAUUUUAGGCAACGCUCUUCUCAAUUACGAAGAAAUGAACACGAUUUUAAUUAUGAUAGAGGCAUUUACUCCACUUUCUAAUCAUCCAAAUGACCUCUCCGCGCUCACCCCUGCUCAUUUCCUCAUUGGUGGUCCACUGACUGCACCCGCAGAAGAAGACUGUAGCGACAUACUUACCAAUCGCCUGAUUCGCUAUCAACUUUUGGAGAAAAUUCGCCAAGAUUUCUGGAGAAGUUGGUCGCGCGAAUAUCUCCCCUCGUUACAACACAGGGCGAAAUGGCAACGAGUUUCAGCGCGACAGCCACAAGUUGGAGGCCUGGUGAUAGUUUGCGAGGACGGCAUCCCGCCGCAACAAUGGCCCCUUGGUCGUAUACAGGAACUACACCCGGGAACAAUCAGUGCUGCGUAG